ACUUUUAACCACAACCCAGAACAACGCACGGCAACGCUUGGGAGGAAGGGAAAGAUUCAGCCGUGGGUCUCCGUAGGUGGCUGGAAUCAAUCGUGGGUCUGGUUCAAGAGCCUGAAAACGGUGUGGGUUUUCCGGUAGCAUCCGGCGGCGGUUGAAGCUGUGUUUCACGGUGGUUUAGCUUCUGAGGUGAUUUUGCCCUAUUACAAAUGGGCAGUAAAGGUCGUAUUCCACCUCCACAUGGAAGGCGUACUCUUCCAGGUUCUGGUAUAUUGCAUCCAGAAGCAUUUGGUCAUGGGCUACGUCCUCCACCAGGUGCCUUUCCUCCCUUUGACAUGUUACCUCCUCCAGAUGUGAUGGAACAGAAGCUAGCUGGGCAACAUGUUGAGAUACAGAAACUUGCCACCGAGAAUCAGAGGCUUGCUGCUACACAUGGAACCCUAAGGCAAGAGCUUGCUGCUGCUCAGCAUGAGCUGCAAAUUCUACAUGCUCAAAUAGGAGCUGUGAAAUCUGAAAGAGAGAAACAAGCAAGGAAUCUUUCUGAUAAGAUUGCAAAGAUGGAAGCAGAAUUACAAGCAGCUGAACCAAUUAAGUUAGAGUUGCAGCAAGCAAAAUCGGAUGCUCAAAACUUGAUUGUAGCAAGGCAGGAACUUAUUACUAGAGUGCAACAUUUGACCCAAGACCUCCAGAGGGCUCAUGGAGAUGCGCAGCAGGUUCCUGUUUUGAUGUCAGAACUUGAGAGUUUGAGGCAGGAAUAUCAGCAUUGUAGGGCGACCUAUGACUAUGAGAAAAAAUUAUACAAUGAUCAUCUUGAGUCACUUCAGGUGAUGGAAAAGAAUUAUAUCACUAUGGCUAGGGAACUGGAGAAGCUUAGGGCAGAGUUGACAAAUACUGCUAGUUUAGAACGAAGACAUGGUGGGCCUUAUGGUACUACCCAAAACAAUGAGAUAGAGGCUUCAGGGAAUUCAGCUGGACAAAAUACUUACGAAGACGGCUAUGGUGUUGCCCAGGGACGUGGCCCGCUGCCUGCUGCAUCCAGCGUUGGUGCGACUGCAUACGCGGGACCUCAAACUGGUUCUACUACAACUCGACCCAACUUCGAUGCCACAAGGGGUCCCCAACGAGGACCUGGUUAUGAUGGAGCUAGAGGAUCCAUCUAUGAUUCACAAAGACCUGGUUAUGAUGGACAAAGAGGACCAGGUUACAAUGUGCCCGGGUUACCUACUUAUGAUGCACCUAGAGGAGCUGGCUACGAUGCUCAAUCAAGAGGUGUUGCCGGACAUGCUGCACCUGGAAACACCGCUCCUUAUCGAUCUUCGACACCGCCUGGUCGUGGUGGUGGGUUCGAAGCACCAUCUCGAGGUGGAGGAAACCCUGGUAGGAGAUGAGCCAAAGGUACCAUUUGAGAAUAUCUUCUGUUACUGUGUUUGUCAUCUGUUGUGCCAUUCCCUUAGAUUUGCAAAGACAUUUUUUCUUUUUGCUAGAAGUUGAUUAUCAAAUGCACUCGACAAACUUUUAAUGAAUCAUUGGAGAACUUCAUAUUGACAUCAAGGUCAAAAUCAUUUCUAGUUUAGUGAUUCAUCA